AUUGAAAAUACAUACGGAAAGAAAAAUGUACCUCAAUCCUUCAUAUAUAAAAAUUAAUUUGAUAUAUAUCACAGGUGUAAACAUAAAUGCUAGAACCAUAAAGCUUUUUGAAGGAAAUAUAGGCGAAUAGCUCCAUGAAUUUGGGGUAAGCACUAAUUUCUUAGAUUGGACACAAAAAAUAUUAAUCUUGAAAGUAAAAAAAAAAACUGAUAAACCUCAUUAUUGUGGGCCAAAUUUUGUUCCCCCCCAAAUUCAUAUAUUGAUGCUUUACCCCCCGGGCCUCAGAAUAUGACUAUAUGUGGAUAUAGGGCCUUUACAGAGGUGGUCAAGUUAAAAUGAAGCUGUUAGGGUGGGCCCUAAUCCCAUUUGACUGGUGUCCUUGCAAGAAGAGGAAGUCUGGACAUAGGAAGAAACACCAGGGAUGCACAGGCACAAAGAAGAGACUAUGUGAGGCCAUCCACAAACCCAGGGGAGAUGCUGCAGAGGGAACGAAGCCUGCCAACACUUCGAUCUCAUACUUCCAGCCUCCAGAACUGGGAGAAAAUAAAUUCCUGUUGUUGAAGCCACUCAGUCUGUGGGUGUACAGGAUGGGAAAAAUACUUGAAAUAUAUGUGUCUCCCAUAUCCAAGCAUAUAGUAGAGAACUCCUCUAUAUUGACGAUGAAAGAUAAUCCCGGUUUUUAUAUGAGCAAACUCUUGAACAGACUUUUCAAGAAAAAAGAUACAAGAACGGACACAAGCUGCAUGAAAAUGUGCUUAACAUCGUUAGCCGUCAGCAACAUGCAAAUUAAGACCACAACGAGGUAGCGUUUCACACCCACCAGAAGACCAAAUGAUGGUGAGACUGUGGAGCAACUGGAGUGUCACAUUGCUGAUGAGAAUGUAAAAUGGUGCAAACACUCCGGAAAAUUGCUAGCAAACGGUCUGUUGUUUGUUUUUUUGCAACAUUAAAUACGCAUCUACCUUGUGAUACAGGAAUUCUACUUGUAGGCACUUACCUAAGAAAAAUGAAAAUGUGUGUCUACAAACAGAUCUGUAUAAGAGUGUUCCUAAUGGCCCCAAACUGGAAAUAACCCAAAUGUUCGUGAAGUUAGAAGCCUGGAUAAAGAAACUGCGGUAUGUUUUUACGAUAGAACGGUUGCAGUAAUAGAAGAAUGAAUGACUGAAACAUACAACAACAUGGAUGAAUCUCAGAAACAUUCAACUGGAUAAAUGAAGGCAGGCACAGAACAAUAUGCUCUAUGAUUCCAUUUGUGCAUAGUCCUAGAACAGGCAAAUACUUCUUUGUAAAAGAAAUGAGGAAGCCGUUACCCCUGCAGAGAGGGAGGGAACUUAACUGGAAAGGGCAACAAGGGGACGUCGCGAAGUAAUGAAAGUAGUCUGCAUUUUAUUCUGGAUGGUGGAUUACAGGGUAUAUGCUCCUGUCAAAACUCACGGAGCUAAAUGCUGAAGAUCUGUCUUUCCGUUUUAGGUAUAUUAUACCUUAAUUUAAAAAUAAAAGCAAGAGUAUUCGACGGUCCCUUUUCAGUGAGAUUCUCUUUGUACAGAUCAGAGUGGGGAUCCACACAGGACCAGUCUUAGCAGGUGUGGUGGGAGACAAGAUGCCGCGGUACUGUUUGUUCGGUGACACCGUGAACACGGCUUCUAGGAUGGAGAGUCACGGGCUUCCCAACAAAGUGCACCUCAGCCCCACGGCCUACAGAGCUCUGGAGAAUGAAGGGUUUGAAAUAGUUGAGAGGGGCGAAAUCGAAGUGAAAGGGAAAGGGAAAAUGACCACCUACUUUCUGAUCCGGAACCUGCAUGCCUCGGAGGACGAGAUCAUGGGCAGACCUCACAGCCGGCUUGAUCGCAAGGAAGCAAGUACUCAAGGACGUCAAGACAGAGCAGCUGUUGCCAUCAUGCAGUACAAGGACAGUAGGCAGCUGUCCCUGAAGAGUGACACAGCAGAUGCUUCUGAUGAAAUGACACCUGAAGGGAGUUCAGAGGCAGGACAGGACUCCGUGGAGGCAGCUGACAGACAGCGGUCUUCAGAUCAGACAGAGACACCUCGCUUUCCUAAUGACGUUCUGCCGUCUGGUUUCUGUGCUCUGUUGUAACAGAGGGGAAACGAACGCCUGGGCUUAAUUUUUCCCCAACUUAGUUUUAUGGAGACAAAGGAAAGUAACUUCUUUUCAUUUCUCAGUUCAGAACGUCUUAAGCUGCGUCUCUUCCUCAUUGUCCCUUUGAGAAUAGAAGUCUAGAAACGAAACCCAAUCCUGACAGGUUUGGAAAGUGUCUUUUACAUUCUCAGUUCGAAGCCAACCCCCCCUCCCCCCGCCGCCAACUUUGAGACUGCGUCUUGUUUGCUCCCACAGAUGAGGAGUUCGGCUGAGGGGCCCCUUUCUGUUUUCUUCUAACAGGGGUGAAUGGCUUCCAUGCUCCCAUUGCUAGGGUUCCACUGAAUCUUCGCCUCUGAGCAAAAGCCCCAGUGGCCAGCUUCAGAGGACACCCUGACCUCUGAGCGCGUUGUGUGCAAUGUCUUGCUUUAAAUGAUGGUGGGAGGGAAGGGGGAGGAAGAGGCGGAGGAAAGAGACCCAGACCCCGCAGUUUAUAAAUCACCCCAUAACACAGCCUGGACGUGAAAGGCACUCGGCCAGGGGUUGUGAAAGGAAAUAAUUUUCAUUCUCAGCCCUGGGAAUUAUGUGAAGCAAUAGAACGAAAGCUGCAUUCCCCAGAGACUUUCUGAAAGUAGGAUGGAGGGGAAAAUGUGAAAAUCACAGGAAGGGCAGACUUAGGAAAGAUAGGGAAGCAGAGCAGAAUGAAGUCAGACACCCAGGCCCCUUGGCCAGCCACCUUCACGACACAGAAGACCCCUCUACUACUCGUCGCUGCGGGCAUGGAAACACCUUCUGCCGCAGAGAGCGCCGGAGAUGUUCUCAGAGGCGCGGGCCCAGGCAGCGGGGAGGCAGAGAUGUGGUGUUCGGACUAUGCAUCUGCAUUUGGGGAUGGCCAGAAACUUAGCACGUAUGUUUUACCUAGAUAAUAAAGAAAAUCUGAGGGCA